ACUGAGCAGCGGUGUAUUGUGUUAGUGUUUGAUAGUUUCAGAGGUUCAGUCCAGAGAAUCACUUUAACUGGGUUUGAAAUGACACUGUACAGAUAAGAUCGGGGAUGAUUUACUCUAUGACGAAGGACUGCGCCGUAACAUAACGCCUUCAUUUGGUUGAUCCUUGUGACUUUAAGAUGCCUAUACGAGCAUAUUGUACAAUUUGCUCCGAUUUCUUCGACCACUCCAAAGAUGUUGCUGCCAUCCACUGCGGACACACUUUCCACUAUGAAUGUCUUCUCCAGUGGUUUCAGACAGCUCCCACGAAAACCUGUCCACAGUGCAGGAAACAGGUCAGCACCAGACACAUCAUUAGCAAGUUGUUCUUUGACAUUGGUGGAGAGGAGGAGGGCUCAGCGGAUCCAGAAAGCUUGCAGAAUGACCUUGAUCGAAUGAAGGUGCUUUUAAGUUCUAAAGAGCGAGACCUGCGUGACAAACAGAAGGUGAUGGAAAGUUUGAAGGACACGGUGGACAAGCAGAGGAAAGACUUGGACAGCGUGCGGAAAGAGAUUAUAGAAAAAGAGAUGCUCUGCUCCGCUCUCAGAAAACAGAUGACAUACUUGGAGACACAACAGAAUGAAGUUCAGGCUGCCAAGGAGGAGGUCAGGAGACUCAGGAGCAAAAUGAAAACUUUUGAAAGCCUGGACAUGUUGUUACAGGGUCAGAGAGCAGAGGUGGAGUCCAUGGUCACAGAUAUGGGUGUCAGCCAGGCGGCAGUGGAGCAGCUGUCCAUCUACUGCAUCUCUCUGAAAAAAGAGUAUGAUAAUCUAAAAGGAAGCCUGAAGUCUUCAAAUGAUAUGUGUGAGAAGCUAAAGAGAGAAGUGAUCUCCUCAAACAACAAGCUACAAAAGGCUUCGGUGGAGGUGAAUCAGACCAAAGAAGACAUGAAGUCUCUGCAGAAUGAUCUGGCCGGUGCUGACAAAGAGAUCUCUAGUCUGAAGAAGAAAGUGGAGUUUCUUCAGAAGACCCUGAGCACGCCAACACGGACAAACGAAACCCUCAGUCGGCUCAUCUUUGAAAGCCCGGCGCCUGUGGAGCUGAAGCAGCCUCGCCUCCACCAGCCAGCGGAUAGCGACGACAUUGACCUCAAUAUAACCUAUGACAUCACUACACCAGAUGACGUGGCUAAGAGGCCGACGCAGGUCCCGUCCAAGAAGAUGCGUCUUGACCCUCCACCAACAUCUGUGUCCAAACACAAUGAGAAAAGUUCAUCUUUAACCAAGGCUCAAUAUGAGGAUGGAUCCAUGGAUCCGUUUUUGAGGAACUCUCUCCUCUUCAGAAAGAAGACUUUUGGUAGCAUGUUGGACCCUCAGAGGAAACCUGGAGCCGUGAGAACUGGUUAUGAUGGAUUAGGAGGACGAACUAAAUUCAUCCAACCUUCUCCUUUAUCAGAGAUUCGUCCACUGAUGAAAGCUAAAAGGAAGAAGGUGACCAGGCCUACACCCAAGAUUUCACCUUGCCUGACUCUGGACACCUUCCUCGAGUAAAUUUCAACACCUCCAUCGCCAGAAGUGGAGUCAGAGGCGUGUGAAGUGACAUGUUGGUGCUGCUCUGGCACAGAGAACCAGCCUGCCAGCGGUUCUGCCACUCAGCACUGAACAGGACAUUUUAACUGAACUUUAUUUAAAAAACAAUAAUUGACCUCCCACUUGACAGCUGAUGCUGAGCUUUUGGUGGCAUGGCACAUUUUUUGUGUGUGUGAGCUGACAUUAAUCUUUCUAUGGAGACUGUGCCUUUUCUUGUAGUUGUUAUGUGUGUGUGUUUCUGUAUGUGCGUGAGAGACAAGACAACUGAUUUGCAGGCCAUUCGAAUGUCACAUCUCUGUAUUAUGUCCUUGAUUAUCACAGGCGUCUGUUUUCCGUAUUCCAAAAAAUAAGUUGUUUUCACAUUUUAAAAUCCGUCUCCAUGCAUGCCUAUAAUGUAGUUAUUUUUAGUUUUAAAGGUGCUGUCAGAUGUAAAACCAACUCAAGUAAUAAACAACAUUUUUUUUCAUUAAGGUUUGUGUGGGGUCUAC